GCGGAUUUCAUUAAAGCGUAACAGAUUGCAAUCACCCUCACUACACGCUGAAGCGGUCCCGGACCUUGACAGUGAGAAAAGAUGAGACCUAUAAGCGAAUUGUUUCCGGACUAUUUUCAACUACUAGGCAUGAGCCUGAGGGUCAUGCAUCUCAUACCAGUACCGUGACAGUGAACCGUCAAGAGUUGGCGUGGGUCAAAUAGUGUCUGUUGAAACUGGCUCCCAUGCUGCCGUUCGCGCUGAAAGUUGUGUGGUUUGUACUGUCGUUUUCUGGUGUCUUUGCAUGCUGGAUAGUCCUAACAGUGUUCGCUCGCGCGACUGGGAGCUACUGGGGCCCAAUGUUGUACUGCGUCUUUGCGACGAUACUCCAGGGAAUUUUUGCCUGGGCAUGGUAUAUAACAUGAACCCGUUUGAUAUGCCACCGGCAUUUUGCAAAGCUCAGACGUUCAUCAUAUACUACUCCGCUCACUCCCUAACGGGAGUAUGUGCCGCGUUCACGAUGGCAACGACAAGCGCUGUGGUGUGGCCGUCCUCUGUGAUGGCGACUGCUUCGUCGACAUUGGCAUGGCGAAACCGUUAUCUUCUUCCCAUCGUUGUGUUUCCGCUCGGUGCACUUGGUGUCGCUGUUCCCGUCCUAUUAUCCCUUCACGCAAUUCAACCCACAGAUGAUCUUCACUGCGACUCUAGUCAUCCCAUAUGGGGACGAUUCUUAGGCUAUGCGGGCAUAGUCCAUGAUUCUUGCGGUUCCAUGUUUAUUCCUGUCUGCAAUAGCAGCCCACCACGUAUUCAGAAUACACACGGUGCAUCGUGAGCUUUUCAAGCUCACAGCCCCACAUUCACAUUCCCUGUCGGUUGAAAGGGAAGUCAACAUCAUUGAACCCUCAAAAAACCCGCCUUUGCCGCCUAUACCC